UGUGUUUUUUUUUUCGGAGUAUACGAAUUAGCAGGUGUUUGUUACAAUUUUUUUUUAUGGUAGAGUAAAUUUUUAAUUUUAUCGAUAAUGAGUGCGAUAAAUACGCGUUAUUUUGCACAAGUAGUGUUAUUUUAUGUUAGAAUAGAAACAAUGUAGCGUCAUGUUAUGGCGGAAGAAGAUCAGGAUGUUUUGCAGCCUAUGAUAGAUACAUUUGCUGAUAGACUUGUCGGACUCAGGACACAAUGUUCUACCAGCGUAGAGCUUACCCAGAGAGAAAUCCGGACCCUAGAAGGGAAGCUGAUAAAGCUAUUCUCUCGUCAGCUUGUAAUGAAAGCAAAGUUCCAUGAUAAAUUGAAUACAUUACCUCCUCAUUUGAAAAAUGUACCAAAACUAGAACAAUGGCUGCAAGUUGUCGGGCUGUGUCCAAAUUCUAUUCAGAAUAUAUGCUCGAAAGUUAAAACCGUCGAAGCUCUAUUGGAAAAGCCUCAAUGUAAAUUAAGAAAUCUAUUAUGUAAUUGUUCCCAAUUAGACGAAGAAUUUAGACGUUUAUCGACUGCGUUAAGAAACCUUAAACGUUACACUGAAAUUUUAUUGGAGAACGAUUACGAAGGUAAUAACCUGACUAACGAAGAUGCUCAACUGCAUUGGGAUUCGUGGGACUGGCAAAGUAAUUCGCGUACCUUUGCUGACCAAAGUUUACCAUCAUCGUAUGCUAGCUCGGUCACUGCGCAAGAUUACCCUGCCAUACAUUUCAAUGGCAAUACGUCAGCGUAUACGGAUCAACCUGGAACCGCCACUUCUGGGUCUUCGGGCACGCCACCUGUGCUGAGUCCUCCUCAUACACCUAUGCAUAAAAUUAGACAAGAUGAUUACGUUCAAAAAUCACCCGGAUCUAUGUCAGAUCAUGCUAGGUAUGCUCAGAUUCACGUCAGGUAUAAUGCCAACGACGACGUUAACGAUUCCGUUCAACCAAUUAGUAAAUCUAGAUCGCACGAAUCUCAGCUUUAUAAUUUAUCUGGUGUUAGAAAUGUGAACAAUAAUUUUACUUUCGCUGGCGAAAAUACCGGCGAAGUAGUCCGAAAUGGUGGUCGAACUAGAUUACCGACUGUACCUGGAGGUACAGAGCAUGGGUCUCCAUCCACAUCACUGUAUUCAAGUCCCACUAGAUCGCCUCCGUUCAUCGUUAGUACGGUUGUAUCAUCGAUGAAUAACUCAUUGCUGACAGUGACUUCGGAUUCAUCGCCUAUUCGAAGCGCUGAUUUGGGGCCAACUGGAGCAGAUCCCACCAUAAACGGUAAUGGCAUUCCGGCGGUGCCUCGAUCGCCCCGAACUCCUACGUCGGUUAGUCGAGUCAUGGCUCAUGAUAUCGCUCACAGGUUCACCAAACAUUUUAGUUUCAAUAGACCUUGUGAUUAUUGCUGCAAACCUAUCGUAAUGAAUACCGGUUUAAGAUGUAAAGAAUGCCGUUACCGUUGCCACAAAGACUGUGAAAGCAAAGUACCUCCUUCGUGCGGUCUACCUAAAGAACUCGUCAAAGAAUUCAUUAACUGGAUAACACCGCCAGAUGAUAACGCCCAUAAAUAUUUCUUUCCAGAUCAUCCAUCGUCAUCUGUACCAUCGAAUGGUAUGGAUUCGUCGCCCAUUCCAGGACGUCAUACGACCGCCGGUCAUCCAUCACCGGCCAUUAACGGUUUCCUUUCGAAUAUCGAACGGAGGGUAAAAGCAGUCGUCAAUAUAUCUUCUAAUUUUCUCGGUGGAUCGGAUUCAACUGUCAGUAGUAAUAGUCAUAGCUCGGCGCCUUCGAGUCCGGCAUUGUUUAUUACCAAUCAACCUGCUCCGGCUACAGCUUCGGCUAUCUUGAAUAAAAAACCUUUAUUUGAUUUUUCACUGGAUGAUAUCAAACAAGAGGCUGAGUUGAAUUCAACGGCGUUGAGCCAAGAUGAUAGCAUAUCGUCCGAGACGAAUAACGUGAUCUACGAGAAAUGCGGAGUGAAUCGAGAAGACUCGCAAGAUAGUCAGAACUGGGAUGGCGAAUGUACGGAUAAAGUAUGGCCCAGACAAUUGAGCGUAUCGAUGAAAGAAUGGGAGAUACCGUGGAAUGAGCUGAAAAUGGGCGAUAAACUAGGCACCGGGCAUUUCGGUACCGUAUAUAGCGGAUAUUGGCACGGAGACGUCGCCAUCAAGGUGUUAAAUAUGGAUUAUUUGGGAGACGAAAAAAUGCUGGAAACUUUCAAAUACGAGGUCAGCACGUUUCGUAAAACUAGACACGAUAACCUCGUAUUAUUCAUGGGUGCUUGCAUGAAACCUCCUAGGUUAGCCAUCGUUACCAGCAUGGUGCACGGUAAUACUUUAUAUAAGUAUAUACACCUCAGACGUGAUAAAUUUAGCAUGGGCAAGACGACCAUUAUUGCUCAACAAAUAUCACAGGGUAUGGGAUAUUUACACGCGAAAGGAAUCGUACAUAAGGAUUUAAGAACGAAGAAUAUAUUCUUAGAGAAAGAACGAGUCAUUAUUACCGAUUUCGGCCUAUUUAGCGUUACCAAACUUUGUUUCAAAAAUAGAACUCAAGACGGAUUAAUAAUUCCCCCCGGGUGGCUGUGUUACUUGGCACCGGAGAUAAUGAGAAGCUUGAGAGUACACGUUAAACCGGAUGACGAACAAUUACCGUUUAGCAAAGCGUCCGAUGUGUAUGCCUUUGGAACCGUAUGGUACGAAUUAUUAUGCGGCGAAUGGCCAUACACGACGCAAGAUCCGGAGGCUGUUAUAUGGCAAGUUGGCAAAGGAAUGAAGCCUUCACUAGCGAAUCUAGAAGCAUCUCGAGAUGUUAAAGAUAUUCUAAUGCAAUGUUGGGCCUACCAAUCGCAUCGACGUCCAGAUUUCACCUCGCUAUUGAAGACGUUGGAUAAGUUACCAAAGAAAAAAUUAGCCAGAAGUCCUUCGCAUCCGGUACAUCUGUCUCGUUCGGCCGAAUCGAUGUUCUAAUACCUGCGAUUUCAACCAAUGAAUGACAAAAAAAAUAAUAAUACGUGCACUCUCGUUACGCGCGCCCGUGCAUCGCUUCUAUGAGCUUUAUUUAUUUAUUUUUUCGUUUUUGAUUUUUUUCCUCUUCUAUUAUUUCUUUUUUUUUUCGUCUCUGUAAAUUUAGUUGUGUAUGGUUAGAAAUAGGUAAUAACGAUACAGUUGAUUAUUAUUACUAGAUACAUAAUUUAUUAUUUUGUUAUCUACAUACGAUUUUACGAUUUUUUUUUCUUUUUUUUUUUUGUUUAAAAACAGCGGAAUAAUUUGAGAUAGAGGCUCGUACGACACCAUUCCUAGUCUCUGACCUACUCCCAUUAUGUAUUACGUAAUUUUUUUUCCCCCUCUGUUUUACAAGCUUAAUAAUUUGUACUACUAUUGGUCUACAAAUAUUAUAUACUACAUACGCGCUCAUCAUAAGAAGCGGCGUGCUGAUAAGGGUUAAGAACUUUUGAAACCGUAAAGGUAACCCCUUUUUAAAAAACUGUGAUACUAGAAUAAUUUAAUGUGUAAUUUGUAAAUCGGUUGCUGAACAAAUAAAAUUUUAAUUUUGUCGCGUUUGCAUUGAACAUAAA